CCCAAUCGCAUAGACAUCAAGAUCCUUAACAUGAGGGUAAAACAGUUUUGAGCUUUGCGAGGAGAUAUUCGGGAGACUGUACACAAUUCCUCUUUCGCGCGCUCCCUCUCUCUGUGCAAGCUACAAACUGAAAUCAGAACUCCAACCUUCCUUUAAGAGGCAUUAACCUGAUUUAACCAUGUUUGGUUAUGGUGGAAGACACAGUGAUGACACUAAGUAUUAUGAAAUUCUUGGUGUCUCAAAGAAUGCAACUCAAGAUGAAGUGAAGAAGGCUUAUAAAAAAGCUGCCAUAAAGAAUCAUCCUGACAAAGGUGGAGAUCCCGAGAAGUUCAAGGAGCUGUCUCAUGCAUAUGAUGUUCUUGGUGAUCCAGAGAAAAGAGAAAUCUAUGACCAAUAUGGUGAAGAUGGACUUAAAGACGGAAUGGGAGGUGGAGGUGGUGGCGUUCACAACCCGUUUGAUAUAUUUGAAUCGAUUUUUGGUGGAGGAGCUUUUGGUGGAGGUGGCAGCUCAAGAGGAAGAAGGCAGAAACGAGGUGAAGAUGUAGUGCAUACUUUGAAGGUUUCCUUGGAGGACUUGUACAAUGGAGCAACCAAGAAACUCUCUCUUUCUCGAAAUAUUUUGUGUCGCAAAUGUAGAGGGAAGGGUUCGAAGAGUGGAGCUUCUGGGACGUGUUAUGGAUGCAAAGGUUCAGGAAUAAAAAUUACAACUCGGCAGUUUGCACCAGGAAUUAUUCAACAGAUGCAACUUAUCUGCGCUGAAUGCAGAGGCUCAGGUGAGAUGAUCAGUGAGAAGGAUAAAUGCCCACAAUGCAAGGGAAGUAAGAUAACUCAAGAAAAGAAGGUGCUGGAGGUGCAUGUUGAGAAGGGGAUGCAACAUGGCCAUAAAAUAGUUUUUGAUGGACAGGCUGAUGAAGCUCCUGAUACUAUUACCGGAGACAUUGUUUUUGUAUUGCAACUGAAAGAUCACUCCAAGUUUGAGCGGAGGCAUGAUGAUCUUGUUGUAGAGCAUACCCUUUCUUUAACAGAGGCUCUUUGUGGAUUUCACUUUGCCCUGACUCAUCUUGAUGGUAGGCAACUUCUGAUCAAAUCAAAUCCCGGCGAGAUCAUAAAGCCUGGUCAAUACAAAGUAAUCAAUGAUGAGGGGAUGCCUCACCAUGGCAGGCCCUUCAUGAGAGGCAAGCUUUAUAUCCAUUUUAAUGUGGAAUUCCCCGAGUCUGGGGUUCUCUCCCCUGAGCAGUGCCUUACUAUAGAGACCAUACUUUCCCCAAAGUCAAGCAAGCACUUGUCUCAGAUGGAGCUUGAUGAAUGUGAGGAGACCAUUUUGCAUGAUGUCAACAUGGUGGAGGAAGAGAAGAGGCGGAUGAGGCAGCAACAUCAGCAGCGUUAUGAGGCAUAUGAUGAAGAUGAUGAACCAUCAAUGCCAGGCGUGCAAUGCGCGCAGCAGUAAUCCAAAGACUGCCUUUUUGUUUCAAAUGGUAUAGCUAGAGCAGCCAAUUGCCAAGAACUGAAUUAGCAUAUAAAACUAGCUAGUUAUUAUAUUCUUUUACGUAUAUAUACAUAUACACCACGAACGAGGUCAUACCAUACAUAACUAUGUUUUGUGCUAGUUAUCUCCGGUUGUUACAAGCUUUUGUGAGUUGAAUUAAGCUUUUGUGAGUUGAAUUAAGCGGUAUUUGUUUAGUUUUA